AAAAUAUUUUAGAUUGCUCUAAUAGUGAAAUUGAAGAUAAUAAUACCAAAGAAGCUUCUGAAGAAAUGGAUGAAAUAUUUAUGCAAGCAGAUGAGAAUGAAGGCGAAAUUGAAAUUUUUGAGGAAAAAAGAAAUGGAGAAAGACUUAAAAAAAACUUAAGAUAUCAAAACCAAUUAACAUUUCAGGAUUAA